AGGCCCUUCUGGGCCGUGAAGACGGCGGAGACGGCGGAGAGAGGGAGUCUGGGGAUUUUGUUUGGGAUGAGAUUAGGGGAAAAAGAGGACGCAAUGGAGGAGGAGGAGGAAGAGGAGGAGGAGGAGAGGGGUUCCGCUGCGGCGCCGCUGCAGCUUAAGCUCCUUCCUCUCUUGCCUCAUUCCGCGCAGCCUUCGUUUUCCCAGCUGCGGUUCCCAUGGGCGUCCGAGGCCGGGAACGUGGAACUGUCGAUGCGAGGCUUCGAUGUGAACUGGGCGCCGUCUGCCGGGGAAGCCGAGGAGGUGGCGGCGGCGGCGUCGUCGUCGCCCAACAGCACUGUCUCUUCCUUCCAGAUGGAGUUUUCCGCCGGGGGAGGCGAGGGCGGAGCGCUGCCGGUGGAAAGGGCCUGUUCGAGAGCGAUGGGGACGUUGUCGACUUAGUGGGUACUUUGUAGAGACGCUUGUGGUGGGGGACAAGCUAGGCGUACUUCCGCACACUAUCCGGGUCUCCCUCGAGGGGGAGCUCUUCGCAGUCGACGCCACAAAUAACAAUAUAGUUCGGAUCACUCCGCCUCUCUCCCAGUGUAAUUCCCCCGUUCCCUUCACUUCCUAGUUUUUCUAUUGCGAUCUAC